GGGGGCAGGCAGGCGACGAGCUCGGCCGCGAUGACGGCAUCGGGGCUCCCAGCGCCGCCGAAGGGCGCUGCGAAGCCCUACCUCUUCGGGGCAGAGCCGCUCCUCGGGAAGCAGGCCUCGAAGGCCAAGAGGCACCAUCCGAAGGGCGCGGAGCCGGAGCCCGCUCUCGGGAAGCUGGCCUCGCGGGCUGCGGCGGUGGGUGCGCUGAUCGCCGGGGCGCUCAUGGGAGCCGCGUGCGCGGGGGCAGGGGCCAUGCUGCUGACCAGUCGGGGCGCACCGUCGGCGGAGACGAGGAUGGAGAGGCGUGCCGACCACUUCCCAACCGGCCAGAUGGUGAGGCUGGACAUCGCCGGCAGAGGGCUCUGGGUCUACAAGCCGAACAGCAGUGCCGCUGGGGGCGAGAGGCUGCCGCUGGUGAUGGUGCUGCACGGCAGCGAGGAUACCGCGCUGAACAUCGCCAACGUGUCGGGAUUCGCGGCCGUCGCGGAGAACGUGACUGAUGGGUUCAUCUUGGCCUUCCCAGAGAUGGUCAAGGAGAGGGCGGACUCCUGGGAUUUCGGGGCGCCGCACGAGGUCGGCUUCUUCCGGGCCGCCGUGCACCUCCUGCACUCGAAGGGCCUGGUCAGGCGCGAAAAGGUCUUCGUGUGUGGCCAUUCCAACGGAGGCACUAUGGCGCUCUUCCUGCAGAACAACUUGCCCGACGUCUUCAGCGGUGCGGCGGCUGUGGAGGCUGGAGUGGGGCACCUGGAGCAGUGGAAGAACCUCAGCUACGGCAGCCCCACGAUGGUCAUCUGGAACCACAACGACAACGUCCUGCAGGAGUUCGGCGGGGAGAAGCUCUACCACGACACCCUCGCGACCCUGCGGCGCCACGACCCGUACCACUCCCACUCCGAGCCGGCUUCCAGGACACGCCUCGACGCGGGCUCUGGCGGCAGCGUGCGCUACGCGGAGCGCCUGCUUUGGCGAGCGACCUCCGAGGGACUUCCGCCGCUGAUGGUUGUCUCCUGGGGCUCGGAGCUGCCGUCGCACAA